UGAUGCUGCCCACGACAUGGAGUUGGAGCAGCAGAGCGGAGGAAAUAAUCACAGGAGAAUCUGCUGUCCGUGCGUGCUUGUUUGUUUGGAGCUUGGAGGCGAGACUAGGAAGAAGAUGACGUGGCGGUUCUUGCCUCUUUGCGCGCUCCUCCUCGUGCUGCUCUGCAUGGCGGCGAGCCUCGCGGAGGGGAGGCGCGGCGGGGGACGCCCCGUCAUCGGCGGCGGCAGCGGCGGGGCCAGAGGGAGAGGGUCCGGCAGCCCGCGCGGCCUCAGCGGCGGCACCUGGGCGGCGUGCGGCGGCUCCUCGCUGCUGGUCGCGGCGGCCAUGCUCCUCUAGCUUGGAGCGGCAGGAAGAGCUCGAGAAGGAUGGUUGGGCAAUGUAAAUGUUCCGUGGAUUCGUUGGUAACUACUAUUGAUUUGAUUGUUGUUGUAUAUACAUACAUACAUUCGUGAGCGGAUUGAUGAAUUCAUUUCAUAUGUU